AUGGCUGAGUUUCAAUCGCAAUCAUUGAAAUGCAUCGUUAUUGGAUCAAGCGGUGUUGGUAAAACUGCAUUAACAAAGCGUCUUAUUGAAAAUAAGUUCUAUGAAAGGCUUCAAUCAACAAUUGGCGUUGAAUACGAAACAACAACAGUAGAAGUUGAUGGUGAAAUGGUCAAACUUAAUGUUUGGGAUACAGCUGGACAAGAAAAGUUCAGAUCAAUCUCUCGUGCUUACUUUAGAGAAGCUUUAGUCGUCCUUCUCGUUUUCGACCUUACAGACAAACAAUCAUUCGAAGACAUCAAUCACUGGCUCUCUGACGUUCGCCAAUUAUGCGAUCCUAGAGCUUCAAUCAUGCUUGUUGCAAAUAAAAGUGAUUUAGCAGCCGAAAGAUUAGUAUCUGUUGCAGAAUUGCAAAACUAUGCUUCUAAUCACAAUUUAGAGUUCAUUGAAACAUCUGCUUAUACAGGAGCUAAUGUUAGAGAAGCUUUCGUGAGAACUUCUGCUAAGAUUUGGAGAACAAUUAAGGCAGAAUCUACAACAAACAAUUCAUUCAAUAUUGUUACAACAAGUAACAAAAAAUCCGGUUGCUGCUAA